CCGAUGCCUCGGCGUUCAUUGGUUAAAGACGUCAUGCUAGAAGUGACCAUCCUUCGUGAUCACUCUGGUUCAUUGCAACUCCCUACAUGAUCAUGAUCAUGACCGUCAAUGUGCAAAAGCCAUAGAUUCUGAUCAAUAUGUCUACCGAAUUGCGGAGGCAGGUCAUAAACAUAUACAAAGGUCAAUCAUUUGAUGGUCCCCCAAUUUACCCCCUCACAGAAGCUGAUGGCUAUACAGAGCUCCUGGAGAUGGGCAAACACUACCCACUAGGUUAUGAAUACUUUCAGCCACGCCUACACAAAGCAUUCAUGUCCAAGGCCCACAUCAAGGACGAAGAAGAGAUACGUCAAGGCAUCAAGCGAGCGGAAUUCGUCAAGAAGGAGAUUGAAGCCCUUUACUUUCUCAAAAAGUACCGAUCCAUGAAGCACCGUUAUUCGUAAAAAGUGUGUAUCACAGCUAUUGCAACAUUUCCUUUGCGACAAUGUCUUGCAAAGGCAAAACGGCCGGAACGCAUUCCAAAUCCAGUUCUUCUAAUGCUCCCGCAACCACCAGUCGUCUGCAGAGGACCGCUUGGCGCUUCCAGUCGACACGAUGGGA